AAACAAAAGGAGCGAUGGAUCUUUUCCUUCGUUGCUGGCUGAUAAUUUGUCGUCCUGUGUGCGCGCCUGUUAAGUGUUUUUUUUACGCAUGAAACAACACUACAGGACACAAAAUGACGGAAGGCAGUGCUACAAGAAUGAAGAGAAAUGGGGCUAGGAUCUUCAAAAAUCCUCCGCAGCCUCACAUGUGUAUACGAGAUUUUAUACAGUUAUGUGUGUUAAACUUUGCUGAGAACAUGAGAUGUCUUCUCUUGAGUUGCCAACGUGCUUUUAUAAGACACACUUCCAAAGAAUAGAGUAUUCUCGAGCAACAACACUCUUUGCUCCAAAAUGGAAUAAUUCUAAUAUUCAACAAAUAAUAAAUGUUAAAACAUCGAACGAGGCAGUGAAUAGAGGGAACAACAGGACCUUGUUAUGUUAAUGUACUAUCCUGGGAUAGAAUCGCAAUGCCAUGUAGACCUUCCCAACCUGUGCCACUUUGGGGAGGUAUGAGAAUACCAUCUCCACGUACAAAAGCAGAAGCUGUGGUUUUUGCUGUAAUGGCUAAUCCAGAGGUGCUACGUAUUAACGGGAAGAAUGCAGAAGAUCCAGAAAAACGUUCGUCCCUAAUAGAACUCAUGCUGGAUUUCGUAGAGGCAAUGAACGUAGGAUUAAUAUUUUUGAGGCGGUACACGAUUUUAAAAGAUCGUGAUAUAACCGGUGAAUUGAAGGAGGUAUGGAAUGCGGUUCAGGCUCGGCGGGACCGAGAACAACCACCUCCUCAACAAGAGACUUGGAUUGACGCACAACCACCUGUACCACAGUAUCCUCAAUAUCAAGAUCAACAACAGCAAACCCAAAAGCAACAACAAGAUUAUACUUCACAGCAGCAACAACCACCACAAUAUCAUUCUAGUAUUGCAUAUGGUAGAGCAAUAAGUAGCGAUAAUAUGCAUUACGAUGGUUAUGGUUAUCAAUCGCAAAAGUCUGUCAUUCCACCGAACGAUCAGAUGUACCAAUCGAGCCAAAUAGUAUCCCAACAAUAUGGUAACGUAACGCGAAUAGCGCAAGAUCGUUACAAUUAUAGAGAACGUGGUAGAGACACUCUCGUACAGAAUAUUCCACAACAGAGUUGUCCAGCUUAUCCAGCGCCACAGUAUCAAUUUCAACAAUUACCUAGGCAAAUGAUGCCACAGUACGUAAACUCUAAUGUACAUCCAAACACUAAUUUAGGAUAUGGUCCACCAACGAACACCAGUGUCAAUCCAAAUAUGCCAGCUGCGUUUCAAUCGUAUAUAACUAAUCCGAUGUAUCAACAACGAAUGGACAAUACGAUACACGUCGAUAUUCGUAGAAUGCAACAGCAACAACAACAACAACAACAACAAAUACACAUAAAUCAUGCGCAACAAGUGCCUCAGUAUGAACCAGCGGGAGAUUGGCAGACCGUCAACGUAUUAAGACUGGGUAGACCGCACAUGGGCGUUAUUCAAAAGAACACCGUAAGUAAGAGACAAGUGAAUUCACCAACUCACAGCAAACAGGCCUCCUGCACGAAUUGCCAUAACAAAUCUACGACUGAGAACGUUACGAAACCGAAGAGUCCGGUUAAGGUAUUACAACGGGAAUUGUCAUCGUCAGGAGAUCGACAGGAUAAUACGAAUUAUUACGUGAUAACGGAUAAUAGUAAAACAAUGAGAAGGGAAAAGGUAUACACCGAGGAAAUAAGAAACUUGCGACCGACGAACGACGUUACCAGGGACAAUGAAGGAAAGAAAUUUAACGAAUGUUCUUCGAGCAUCGAAUCAAACGAUACGUCCAAAAAAUCUAACGACAGUUAUACCUCUUUAUCAACAUCGAAUACACGAAAAACAAUUAAUUCCAACGAAAACAAUCAGGAUAAUGGGAAACAACAACAGGAUACGAAGGACUUUGAUCUACCAACUGUUAGUCAAAUGAUAGCCGAUCAAAAUUUUAGUUCAAGAUGUCGAAUAAUAGUUGGAAGAAUUAAGCAUAAGGAUAACAACGUUGAUAACAACAGAACGAUAUGGCCUCGUUUUGCCUCCGAUCAAAAGAAUGAUAGUCCUAAACGAUCGCAAACAAACGUUAACAGUAUCAUUAAUCCAGGUAUGUCGAAUAACGAGGAGACAUCUUCGAUUAAGAAAAAGACUACCAAUGGUCAACAGCCGAAGGGCAAAAAUGCCAAAGCAUAUUGUGAAAACGAUGAUAUUCAACAGGGAUAUACGAUAUUAAAAAAAACCGAGACAAUUGUUCAAGAUGAUGUUAUUAACGAUAUUGCUCAAAUAUCUAUUCAAGACUGUAAAGACGGCACCGAGGUUAUCAGUCCUGUGCUAUCGUGAUAGCCUAGUUUUACAGCUAAUACGGAGUAUUAGCUUUGCAGCUUAUUACCAGCGAAUAAUAUAUAAUUAAAUAUGUACAUAAAUAGAAUAUUAUUCGAUGAUAUGAGAGAGAGGGGGGGAGAGAGAGAGGGAGAGAGAGAGAGAGAGAGAGAGAGAGGAAAAAUGGAGCAAAGCGAU